ACCUGCUCUCCUUCUCUGCACUGACACAAAUACGGCAAUGAACAAAGUUUAAGGAUGGAGGAAGAACUCAAUUAUGCUUCUGUGGUUUUCAAAAAUGGUGGUAGUCCUCAGAAAGAAAACGAUGAGGACUCUACAAUUUAUUCUACAGUUAAAUCUAAAGUUCCUACAACGACUGUAACAACUGGGGGAGGAGCAGCAGCGGCACACUCCCGGCACUUUGUCCUGCUGCUGGUGUGUUUGGGGAUUCUCUGCGUCCUGCUCAUCUCGUGCAUCGGUGUCAUCAUCUACAUCUGUGGGGUCAUGAAGGCCCAGGAAGCUGUCGAAGAAAACAUCAUCCACCUCGAGAAGGAAAAUUACCAGCUGAUGAUGGAUAAAGAAAUCUUAGCGAACGAGACAGAGGUCCUGACCCGAGACAGAGAUGAUCUCAACAGGACGAUCGGAGUCAUCAUGACGUUCAAAAACUUCCCAGUCAAUGCAUUCUGCCCAGACAAAAAGUGUCAGCCAUGCUUGGAGAGUUGGAUCCCGUUCCAGGAUCACUGCUACCUGUUUUGGGACCCAGACACUCCCUGGAAGACAUGGACGCAAGCACAAACAUUUUGUCGAAAAACUAACGCAGACCUGCUUGUUGUCGACAGUUUACAAGAGCAGGAAUUCAUCAAUAAGCACACCAAGUACUACUACGACCUUCAUCAUGCAUACUGGAUGGGAUUGCGUACAAAUGAGGACAAGAAGUGGAUCUGGCUUGAUGGACGCAAUGAGACUUUGGGGUUCUGGAUUCAGGAGAGAGUUGGUAACGCUGGUGGAUAUGCGAUGACAUUCCCUGGGUAUAAUGCGACAGCCAGCUGGGGUCCAUCAGGGAAUGAUAUGCAGAACAAGUUCAUCUGUGAGCAUGAAGCCCUCAUCAGGACUCCAGUUUUCUCGUUCCAAACUUUGCCGGCAAAUUGA